AUGGCACCAGCAGAACCACCCCUUGGUGCACUUGUUGAAGUCCCAGCUGGUCGAGGUUUGGUUCGCUUCUGCGGUGGCACCUCGUUCUCUGCUGGGAGAUGGGUUGGUAUUGAGCUUUCGGAAGCCAACGGGAAGAACGACGGAACAGUGCAAGGUAUCAAAUACUUCACUUGCAAGCCGAACUACGGUGUGUUUGUGCGGCCCAGUCAGGUGAAGACAAUCUCACUGGAGCCCCAGCCUGUACUUGCCGUCAUAACCCAGCCGGCUCCAUCUCUGCGGCCCGCCCUUGGCCACCACAGGACAGGUAGCACAGGCUUAGCCCGUGGCCCUUCUGUUCGCACAGUGCCUUCGUCGCCUGGCCGCACGGCUCCCUCCUCUCCUCGUGCAAGCAGUCCUGCGAAGCCUUCUACAAACGGGAGUUCAUUCACAUCGCCCCUACUGUCUCUGACGACAUCUCAGCGCACACAAGACGACCAGGAGGUACAGGAGCUCCGUGCCAAAAUACGUGUACUUGAAGCAAAGCGUGCGGAUGAUGCUCGUCAUGUCCGAGAGCUUGAGACGCGUCUUUCCGAAGCGGAAUCAUUUGUUGCGCUGCGUCCGAAGCUCCAGGCGAAGCUAAGCUCACAGCAGACAGAGCUGAUCACUACCCGACGUGAGCUAGCUGACGCGCAGCAGCUUGCUCAGAUGGCCGAAAGCCGUAUUGUCGAUGCGCAGGAACAGCUUGAGAUGGCCAUGUUAGACAAAGAAAUGGCCGAAGAACGCGCGGAAAUGGCGGAAGCGGAGCUGGAAGAAGUCAAGGAGAAUUUGGCCAUCGUUGAAGUUGAGCUACAAGUACUCAAGGAAGGAGGAGCCGAAGAAGUCACUGAAACCCCGGUAAAGCAGUCGUUGGCUUACAUCCAACUUGAGAAACAGAACGAACGGCUGAAGGAGGCACUCAUUCGUCUACGUGACAUCUCGCAAGAGACGGAGCAAGAGCAAAGAAGGCGUAUUGCUGAGAUGGAGAAAGAUGUGACCAACCUCGAUGAGCUCCAGGCUCAAUAUGAGGAGGCACUCUACAAGCUGACCAAUGCUGAAAUACAAGUCGAAGAACUGAAGGCGCAGCUCGACGAUGCACUGGGUGCCGAAGAGAUGCUCGUCCAAUUGACAGAGCGUAAUCUGAUGCUUGGCGAGAAAAUCGAGGAGAUGCGGAUCACAAUUGAAGACCUCGAGGCUUUGAAGGAACUCAACGACGAGCUUGAAGAGAAUCAUAUGGAGACAGAGAAGACAAUGCAGGAAGAUCUUGAUGCGAGGGAUGCUCAAAUCCGUGAACAGGCUUCUAAGAUCAAUGCGCUCGAAGAGGCGUGUCAAGAUCUCGAGAGCACCAUUAUGCAGUUCAGGGAGCUCGUUCUGCAGCUGCAAACCGAACUCGACUCGCUUCGCGCGGAAACCCAGACGGCACAACAUGAGUCGGCGACCGCUGCUUCCCAGACCGCUGCCAUGAUGUCUCUGAACCUGAAGCUCCAGUCUUCUGCGUCCAAGAACCAGGCUCGGUAUAUCGAUCUUGAGGUCAAAAAGAUUGAGGCAAGGGAAGCUCGUGAACUGCUCAACAUCAUCCAGCCAUAUUUGCCUCAAGUCUACGUCGAGUCGGACAUGGAUGCUACGAACUGCUAUUUAUUAUUCCAACGUCUGGCGCUCAAAGUCGAUCUCGUCAAUACCGUCGUUGCUCAGACGCACAACCUACCGGAUUCUCUCAGUGGUCCAGUCUCAGACGUGAUGGUUGGAGUUUGCGAGAUGAGAGGUCGCUUGUCCAGUCUGUCUACGACGUGUAGACGCUUUGCUGCUAUUCUCCGCAAAUGCGAUGUAGAAUCGUUCCUUAAUAUCGGUCGUAUCUACCCGGAGAUCGCUCCCAUGGAGAAGCGUAUUGAUAUGCAUAUUGAUCUAUUACGGCGCGAGGAAUUCCGUGAGCUGGAGUGUGUCAAUGAUGCCUUGAAGAUGCAGUCGCAGUUCGACCAUCUUGCCGAGACGUACUUCAACGAGUACGAGUUCGAUCUAGGGGAGCGUGAGCUCGGACUUGCGUUGGCAAUCGACCAUGAUCUCGAUACGUUUGCUGCGUCGAUCGGACUCAUCAAGACUGCUGUUUCUGCGAUCAUGAAGGAUGAGGAUGUCGACUUGGAAACGGGAGAUGUAGACACUGAAGCAGAGUUCUUUGCUCCGCUUCAACGUCUCCUAGAUCAAUGCCGAAGCGCCAAGGUUCUCCGCAGGAAACUCACGAAACGCCUUGAUGAUCUCACGCAGGAUUCCGCUGCGCUGAAGGUGCAUUUGGUUCCCCAGCUUCAAGCCCUCAACAACAUAGUGCCAGAACUGUUGAACUUCGGUAUUUCGCUUGCGGGACGGAACGUUAUGCCCUACCUCAACGAUGUACGGAGCGCCAAAGCUCCGUUCAAGCUGUCAACCGUACUGUCCUACGUGAAGGAGACCGCUGCGUCCACUGUCGGGAAGGACCGUAAAGAUGAUAUCGCCUCAUGGGAAAGUGUUUCAGAGUUCUUCAACCAAGUGAUGAAGGACGCAGGUGCACUCCUUCCUCUAGUCUUGGAAACCGAGAACAUUGUGAAGAUCUCCGGGACAGCUCCUUGGGUGCUUCGCAUCGAGGACAUCAAGGCUGCCACCGCCAUCAAUGUGGAGGCCGAGCGGAAAGUCGCUCAACUGAACGAUGAGAUGCAGGCUCUCGUACGGACGCUCAAGUCGAAGGACCAGCACAUCCAGGAAUCGUCUGUGAAGAUUGAGCUCAUGGAUCGCCGCAUGGAGGCAGUCAAGAAGCAGGCUGACACCAUCAUCGACCUCGAGAAUGAGCUCAACAAAGCACGUAAGCAGGAGCGGGCGUAUGAGGAAGCGAUGGAGCAGCUGCAAGCAGAUCUCGAUUCUCUGGAACAAGACAAUGCCAAGCUGAAGACAAUGGCUAACAACGCUGAGCGACAACCAUCCGCAGCACAACCUGUCGAGCCUGAAAGCGUGCCCAUCGAGGGUAGUUUGGAGACAUCGUAUCUACUGGAACAGAUCGACGCCCUCCGUGGUACAGUGCGCUUCCUCCGUACCGAGAACUCAUACCUCAGAGGCCAAGAUCUCCUCAAAGAGAUCGAAUCCUUGCCGCCACUCCCUGCGCCCAUCACCCGCGAACCCACGCCGGAGCUCGUGUCCUCCAGCCUCUCCGACUCUGACUCUGACUCGGAUGACCUAUCCUCACCGCCGACGUUGCGGACCCUCUCGGCAGAGUCCAAGUUGCUCUACCGCGAGGUGAUCAAGUACACGUGCUCGCCACGCGUCGUCGACCUGUCGGCCGUGCGCGCGAGACGCGCGGAGGACGGGGAGAAGGGCGUGCGGCCGUGGAUACCCAAGAAGAAGACACCCGCGUACCACGUAUGGGAGCGCAAGAUGCAGGGCGAGCGCCUCGGGAAGAAGCUGCAUGGGCUGCUUGAACGGACUAGUGCUCUGGCCGCCUCACGGUGA